CAUCGUACAAAGCCACCGAGAUGUGCGCGUUCUCAGUUCCUGUCACAGAGUAAACACUCCCGAGGACCUGCCCCAUGGGCUUCAGAAUCAGAGAGAACCUGCUUUUAAAUCUCAGAAAGGUUCCAGGAAGCAGGGUCAAGGCCAGGGAGACAAUGGUCUCAGUGACUAUGGCCACUUCCGAGUGGAUCCAGUUCUUCAAGGAGGCCGGCAUUCCCCCGGGACCUGCCGUCAAUUACGCUGUGAUGUUUGUGGACAAUCGGAUCCAGAAGAGCAUGCUGCUAGAUCUUAAUAAAGAAAUCAUGAAUGAGCUGGGCGUGACCGUCGUGGGUGACAUCAUUGCCAUCCUCAAGCAUGCCAAGGUGGUGCACCGGCAGGACAUGUGCAAAGCGGCCACUGCAUCAGUGCCGUGCAGCCCCAGCCCCCUCCAGGGCGAGCUUCGCCGUGGCGCUUCUAGUGCCGCUUCUCGAAUGAUCGCCAACAGCCUGAACCAUGACUCUCCACCCCACACUCCUGCAAGGCGGUCAGACAACAGCACCUCCAAGAUCUCCGUCACCGUGUCCAACAAGGUGGCCGUGAAGAAUGCCAAGGCUGCUGCUCUGGCCCACAGGGAGGAGGAAAGCCUGGUUGUUCCCACCAAGCGGCGGCGGGUCACAGCUGAGAUGGAGGGGAAGUACAUUAUCCACAUGCCCAAGGGGACCACUCCCCGCACCCGCAAGAUCCUGGAGCAGCAGCAGGCAGCGAAAGGUCUCCACAGAACAUCUGUGUUUGAUCGCCUUGGUGCUGAGACCAAAGCAGACACGACCACAGGGACUAAGCCCACAGGAGUUUUCAGCCGCUUAGGGGCCACCCCAGAGAUGGAUGAGGAGCUGGCCUGGGACAGUGACAAUGACAGCAGCAGUAGCUCUGUCCUGCAGUAUGCUGGGGUCCUGAAGAAACUAGGACGAGGCCCAACCAAGGCCAGUCCCCAGCCAGCACUGACUGUCAAAGCCAAGGCCACAAGCUCUGCAACCACACCGGCCUCCACUCCGAAGCUGCGGCGCCUGGCACUUCCUUCUCGCCCUGGGCCAGAGAAGAAGCCAGAGUCCCUGCCCAAAGUCAGCAUCCUUAAGAGACUGGGCAAGGCUGCUGUGGUGUCCGAGGCACAGGACAGCCAGGUCACCAGCACCAAGAGUAAGUCCUCAACUGAGGUCAAGUUCGCCAUUAAGAGGACUCUGGUAGGGCCCCGGGGGAGCAGCUCCAGCGAGAGCCUUGGUGCCCAGAUGGACCAUGCGGGCACUGUGAGCGUGUUCAAAAGACUGGGCCGAAGGACUUUCUAGCCACACGCAGGGUGGGGUGCAGCAUGGAAUGGCGGGCCAGCUCCUGCUUCCGUCCCUUCCGGCCUUCCGUGAGGCUCAGCUGCCCUCCCUCUGAGCUCUACAUGGCACAAGGCUUGGCUUUCGCCAGCGGUUAUGCUGGUUCCAAGCACUCGGGGACACAGGCAUUUUCCUUGGUCUUUGAUGUUCCUGUGACCUGACUUUGCCUGCUCUGGGACUUCCCUUCUUCCCCGACCUCUGUCCUCUGUGCAGUAACUGUGGCCUUGGCAUAGUCCCCUUUUCUACCUCUUCCCAAAGCCAAGGGCCCUGUCUCUUUCACGUGGUCUACCCUGAUGGCAGCAUCUGCUGCCUUAGGCCCUCCUGAUGUGACUGCCCCACCACAAAGGUGUCACCUGGAGGGACUCCUUCAGCCCACCCGUGCCUUCCCUCCCUCUUCUACCCCUUCCCUGCCUGCUGUGCUGUCACUCUCCCUCUCUUCACUCUUUUCAUUUCUCUUCUGUUUUCUGUCCCUGUGGCAAGGCCCGACCGUCCGCUGCAUCGUGCCCGACCCUCCUGCGCCUCUGGCCUCCCAGCGGCCCCCUCGUCGACGGUGGCGGCGAACCUGUAAAGACUGUUAGCUGCCUUCCAUUCCCAGGCUGGAGGGACUCCCCCAGACCCUGGCCUGCAGCUGGGGCACCUCCAUUUCCCUGCCCUGGCUGUCUUUUUCUCUGAUGGGUGGUGGGCAGCAGACAUUGGGAAGGUGAGGUGCUGAGGACAAAUGACUGCUGUUUUAAUAUAUUUUUGUGACUUUCA